GGCGGCGGCGGUGGCGGUUGUCCCGCCCGGCCGGUUGGUGUGACGGGUCGGCGCGCGCUGCGCAGCGUCGGCGCUUCGUCCAGUCAGGCGGAACCGAGCGGAGGCCGAGGCCGGAGCCCGCGCGGGCGGAGGAGGGCGAAGGCGGCGGCCAGGGCGGCCCGUGGGAGGGAGCGCGGGGCCCCGGCAGCGCCGCCGGCUCCCGGCCCUGCCGGCCUCGUCGGUCGGAGCCGCGGCCAUGGCGGCCAGCGCGAAGCGGAAGCAGGAGGAGAAGCACCUGAAGAUGCUGCGGGACAUGACGGGGCUGCCGCACAACCGCAAGUGCUUCGACUGCGACCAGCGCGGCCCCACCUACGUGAACAUGACGGUCGGCUCGUUCGUGUGCACCUCCUGCUCGGGCAGCCUGAGAGGAUUAAAUCCACCUCACAGGGUGAAAUCUAUCUCUAUGACAACAUUUACUCAACAGGAAAUUGAAUUCCUGCAAAAACAUGGGAAUGAAGUCUGUAAACAGAUAUGGCUAGGAUUAUUUGACGAUAGAUCUUCAGCAAUUCCAGACUUCAGGGAUCCACAAAAAGUGAAAGAGUUCCUACAAGAGAAAUAUGAAAAGAAAAGAUGGUAUGUUCCACCAGAGCAAGCCAAAGUGGUGGCAUCAGUUCAUGCAUCUAUUUCAGGGUCUUCUGCCAGCAGCACAAGCAGCACCCCUGAGGUCAAGCCUCUGAAAUCUCUGCUGGGAGAUUCCGCACCAGCACUGCACUUGAAUAAGGGCACACCUAGUCAGUCCCCAGUUGUAGGUCGCUCUCAAGGGCAGCAGCAGGAGAAGAAGCAGUUUGACCUUUUGAGUGAUCUUGGCUCAGAUAUCUUUGCUGCUCCGGCUCCUCAGUCAACAGCUACAGCCAAUUUUGCUAACUUUGCACAUUUUAACAGUCAUGCAGCUCAGAAUUCUGCAAAUGCAGAUUUUGCAAACUUUGAUGCAUUUGGACAGUCUAGUGGUUCGAGUAAUUUUGGAGGUUUCCCCACAGCAAGUCACUCUCCUUUUCAACCCCAAACUACAGCAUUUAGAGUACUUUCAUCUAGCUGCAGUUUUGGUGAAUUUACUUCAGCUUUUCCUCUCCAGGCUACCCACAGUGGAAGUGCUGGAUCAGUAAAUGCUAAUUUUGCUCAUUUUGAUAACUUCCCCAAAUCCUCCAGUGCUGAUUUUGGAACCUUCAGUACAUCCCAGAGUCACCAGACAGCAUCAACUGUUAGUAAAGUUUCAACAAACAAAGCUGGUUUACAGACAGCAGACAAAUAUGCGGCACUUGCUAAUUUAGACAAUAUCUUCAGUGCUGGGCAAGGAGGUGAUCAAGGGAGUGGUUUUGGGACCACGGGUAAAGCUGCUGUUGGUUCUGUGGUUUCAGUUCCCAGUCACUCAAGUGCAUCUUCAGACAAGUAUGCAGCGCUAGCAGAGUUAGACAGUGUGUUCAGUUCAGCAGCCACGUCCAGUAAUGCAUACACGUCCACGAGUAAUGCUAGCAGCAGUGUUUUUGGAACAGUGCCUGUGGGUGCUUCGGCUCAAACACAACCUGCUUCGAGUGGUCCUGCUCCAUUUGGGGCUACCCCUUCUACGAAUCCAUUUGUCGCUGCUACUGGUCCUUCUGCGGCAUCGUCUACAAACCCAUUUCAGACCAAUGCCAGAGGAGCAACAGGCCUUUCUGGAGCAAUGCAUUCUCAAGUGUUCCCUCACGCUCAUUUUGCGGCAACCUUUGGCACUGCAUCCAUGAGUAUGCCAGCAGGGUUUGGCACUCCUGCGCCGUACAGCCUCCCCACCAGCUUCAGUGGCAGUUUCCAGCAGCCCGCCUUCCCAACCCAAGCAGCUUUCCCUCAGCAGACAGCUUUCUCUCAACAGCCCAAUGGUGCAGGUUUCGCAACAUUUGGACAAACAAAACCAGUGGUAACCCCUUUUGGUCAAGUUGCAGCUGCUGGAGUGUCUAGUAAUCCUUUUAUGACUGGUGCACCUACAGGACAGUUUCCUACAGGAAGCUCAUCAACCAACCCUUUCUUAUAGCCUUAUACAGACACUGUACUGGAACGAACUUUUAUGUGAUCAUUACAUCUCUCCGCCUCUUGCACUGUUGUCUUGUUUCACUGAUCUUAGCUUUAAAAACAAGUGAAGUCUUUAAAAAGCCUGCAUUGUGUAUUAAACACCAGGUAAUACGUGCAAAACAGAGGGCUCAGCAACAACUUUUCACUUGUGAAUUGGCAGAAAAAGGUAGCGGCAUCAUGUAUGUUAAAAAUUGGCUAUUAUUAAGUUAUUGCAGAUCCCACAUUCAUUAUGCUGCAGUACUGUACAUAUUUUUCUUAGAAAUUAGCUAUUUGUGCAUAUCAGUAUUUGUAACUUUAACACAUUGUUAUGUGAGAAAUGUUACUGGGGAAAUAGAUCAGCCACUUUUAAGGUGCUGUCAUAUAUCUUGGAAUGAAUGACAAAAAUCAUUUGAAGCAUUGCUUCUGGAAAGUUCAAAGUCAAAAUCGGAAGGUUUUAUUCAUUCUUGAAUUUUUCCUUCUAAAGAGCUCUUCUAUUUAUACAUGGCUAAAUUCUUUAAGAUGUGGAGGACACCUGUCUGCGGAAUAAAGCUGAUCAUGUUUUGCUACAGUUUGCAGGUGAACAAAAUAAAUAUUAGAAAAUA